GCUGAGCUUUUGCUUCGUAUCUUCACAAUAAUACACCACAGCGAAGGCUUACGUUUACUCUGUUUUUCUCCUUCUCUCUCUCCAAACCUCUCUCUUCUCCGCUCUCUGAAAAACAAAUUGUAGGGACCAGAAUGGCGACGGAGGUGGAGGUGGAGGUGGAGAUAGUGAAACCGCAUACUGACAAGAGAGAGUAUAGGAGGAUCGUUCUUAAGAACUCUCUUGAAGUGCUCCUCAUCAGCGAUCCCGAUACCGAUAAGAGCGCUGCUUCCAUGAAUGUUGGUGUAGGCUACUCCAGCGACCCCGUCGGCCUCGAAGGACUCGCCCACUUUCUCGAACAUAUGUUGUUUUAUGCUAGUGAAAAAUAUCCAAUGGAGGGUAGUUAUUCGAAGUACAUUUUGGAGAAUGGAGGCCAGUACAAUGCAUGUACAUCUUAUGAGCACACCAACUACCAUUUUGAAGUUAAUAGUGAUUGUUUUGAGGAGGCUUUAGACAGAUUUGCACAAUUCUUUCUUGGACCAUUGUUGUCAGCUGAUGCAACCAUGAGGGAAAUUAAAGCUGUUGAUUCAGAGAAUGAGAAAAAUUUAUUGUCUGAUGGUUGGAGAAUGCCCCAGCUUCAGAAACAUCUCAGUGAUGAAAAACACCCAUAUCAUAAAUUUGGUACAGGGAAUUGGGAAACUUUGGAAGUUCAACCAAAAGCAAAGGGCUUGGAUACAAGACAUGAGCUUAUCAAAUUUUAUGAAGAAAAUUAUUCUGCCAACCUCAUGCAUCUGGUGAUAUAUGCAAAAGAAAACCUUAAUGCAAUUCAAAGCAUUGUUGAGCACAAAUUUCAAGAAAUUAGAAGCAAUAAUCGAGAUUAUAUUUCUUUUCCUGGUCAACCAUGCACAUCUAAACACUUACAGAUACUUGUUAAAGCUGUCCCAAUAGAACAAGGUCACAAAUUGAGAAUUGUAUGGCCUAUAACUCCAAGUAUUCUUCACUACAAGGAAGGACCAUGCUACUAUCUAAGUCAUCUUAUUGGCCAUGAAGGAGAAGGAUCUUUGUUUUCCAUCUUGAAAUCAUUGGGAUGGGCUAUAAGUUUGUAUGCAAAUGAAGAGGGUUGGAAUCGGGAGUUUUCUUUCUUCAAAGUGACAAUUGAUCUUACUGAUGAUGGUCAUGAACACAUGAAAGAUGUUGUAGCUUUGUUGUUCAAAUACAUUCACCUUUUACAAGAAUCUGGUGUUCGCAAAUGGAUAUUCGAUGAGCUUGCUAGUAUUUGUGAGACAAAUUUUCAUUAUCAAGACAAAAUCUCUCCAAUCUAUUAUGCAAUUCAAAUUGCAUCAAAUAUGCAGUUAUAUCCUCCAAAGGAUUGGCUAGUUCAAUCCUCCAUGCCUUCCAAAUUCAACCCAAGCAUAAUUCAUUCAGUGAUAAAUCAGCUUUCUCCAACCAAUGCCCGGUAAGUUUAUUAGUGCAUUUAAAA